AUGACAGAAAUUAUCCAUCUACGGAACCAUUUGGAAAGAAAACCGUUAACAAAGGAAACAGUUACAGAGAGGCCUCAAAUUAUGAUACCAUUAUUCAUAUACAUGAUGCAGGUUUAUGAACGGCAAAUCAUGGAAAGUUUGGAAGAAACAACCACUCGUCAUUUGCCACAGGAAGAGCCGCAGAAUAGAAGACUUCCUCCGUUCGUACCUCGACUGUUGUCUCUCUUUCCAAAUCCUUCACACAAAUGGCGUUUUAUAAAAAUCGAUGCACAAAACUUAAGGCAUUUCUUUUCUCGGGAAUAUUUACCUCAACUGACUAGGGAGACAAAUGUGAGAUAUAUUGCUCGAUGCUUCUUUCGAUAUUUUGAUUUCACACAGUUCGGUCUAGAUAGCCCUGCCCCAUCAGCAACAAUCACCAAUGCCAAUACCAGUGGUUUAUCUAGACCAAGGCAAAAAAAGAAGACAAAAUGGAUUAACUACGAGCCAAGCAGCUCCAAAUAA